ACAUAGCUUCCGGCUCGCCAUGGCUCCUCGUCUUCGGUGGGCGCUGCCUUGAGAAAGAUCUGCUCUCGUCAGGAAGCAUCGCCGUGUCAUGCCGUAACGCUUGAGUGCCAACCCCCAAAAGUAAUCCAAGAUGAACCUCAGCACGACCAUGAGCGUGAUCGUGGGCGGGAUAAAAGUGGACACUCCGACCUACGUGCGGACGCCGUCGCCCGACACCUUCUCCAGCAGCGACGACUACGUGGAGAUAGGAGCGACGACGACCAGCCCCGAGGACGACCGACAAAACUUCUCGUGCCACUGGGACUACCAGUCGACGCUCACCUCGUCCAACGACCACUUUUCCUUCUUCAUGUAUGGCGUCCUCCUUAACAUCAUCAGCCUCCUGGGAAUCGCCGGCAACGUCAUCUCCAUCACGGUGCUCUCCAGGCCUAAGAUGCGCUCGUCCAUCAACUGCUGCCUCAUCGGCCUCUCGGUGUUCGACAUGAUCGUGGCGUUGACGGCCAUCCUCAUGUGGGGAAUACCCGAGAUCUGCCGCUACACCGUGGCCAUGAUGUGGUACUACCGGGAGCUGUCACCGAAGAUCACGCCCUUUAUCUACCCGCUGGCGCUCAUCGCCCACACGGGCUCCGCUUACCUGACGGUGACGGUGACGCUGGAACGCUACGUGGCCGUGUGCCAGCCGCUGAAGGUGCGCUCCAUCUGCACCUACGGGAGGGCCAAGAUCUACGUGCUGUCCGUCACCCUGUUCGCCGUGCUCUACAAUCUACCCAGGUGGUGGGAGAUCACCUACAAGGAGUGCGACAUCGGCGAGGACGUGCGCCACUUCUCUACGUGGCGACGCCGCUGCGCAACGACAACAACUACAAGCAGAUCUACAUCAUGUGGAUGUUCCUGGUCGUCAUGUACCUCGUGCCGUUUAUCAGCCUGACUGUG